AUAUCUUUCUUGUAUUUUCUAUUUUCUCUCAUAAUGACUAUGCAUACUAGUGUUUCAUCGUCUCCUCUUGGGCCGCCGGCAUGUGAGAAGGAUGCUAAGGCCCUUCAAUUCAUCGAAGAGAUGACUAGAAAUGUUGAUUCAGUUCAACAGAAAGUUUUGGCUGAAAUACUAAGCCAAAAUGCCAACACUGAGUAUCUUCAAAGAUUCAAACUUGGUGGUGCUAUGGAUCGGGAUACAUUCAAGUCCAAAAUGCCAAUUGUCACGUAUGAGGAAAUUCAACAUGAUAUUCAACGUAUUGCUAAUGGAGAUCGUUCUCCAAUUUUCUCAUCUCAUCCCAUCUCUGAGUUCCUCACCAGCUCGGGGACAUCUGCUGGUGAGAGAAAGCUGAUGCCCACAACUCAAGAUGAGUUAGACCGGAAACAACUAUUGUACAGCCUUCUCAUGCCCGUGAUGAAUCUGUAUGUCCCUGGUCUAGACAAAGGGAAGGGCUUGUACUUUCUAUUUAUAAAAGCAGAAACCAAGACACCCAGUGGGCUACUAGCAAGACCUGUCUUGACAAGUUACUACAAAAGUGAUCACUUCAAGACGAGGCCAUACGAUCCUUACAAUGUGUAUACUAGUCCCAACGAAGCUGUUCUCUGUGUCGACUCUUUCCANCCUAUAGUGGAAUUAUUAGACUCCAGGGUUAUUUCAGUUCACUUUAGUCCAGCUGCUCCUCAUUGGACCCCAGAACGACAGCGUUUACAAGUCUGA